AUGCUUGCUCAGGCGCAUGGCGAGCCCCGAAACUCUGACACUUUUCGGAGGCUGUCCUAUGGCUGCGUCAGGAAGGGGAGUGGGGAAGCAAAGGGUGCCAUUGCGCUGUCUGCAGGAAAGGCAAAGAAGAAAAAAGGCGUAUUCUGGGGCAUUGAGGUGACCAAAACACUCACGUGGCACGGAUGGGAGGUUGGAAAAGAGAUCAUCAAACCCCUGAUCUUGAAAAAUGUUAAUGAGAAAACCCAGAAGCUGAGCUACAGGUGUCCUUCCACGAGAUUCUUCUUUACUGUUUUUCCACAGCCAAUCAUUCUGAGACCUGGUAUGUCCUUAACUCUGCCCAUCGUUUUCCGGCCCAUUGAAAAGAGGGAGUACGAAGACAGUAUCUGCUUUAAGAAGGAUGGGGGUGAGUUCUCCGUCACCCUGCGUGCUACGCUCCCGUGCUCCUGUCUGUCCUUCCCAGCUGCUGUCCAGUUGCCUACCUGUGCUGUUCACAAUGUCACGGAGAUAACAUUCCCUGUGCGCAACAUUGGUGAUCUCAUCACUGUUUUUGACUGGGAGACACCAAGCCCUUUCUACAUGAUUCCUGACUACAGCAUACUGAACCCAGGUGCUGAGUGCAUGGUCAAAGUGGUCUUCCAACCCAAGGUAGCUGCAGUGUAUGAUGUGACAGCAACAUGCUGGUUUGGAAGUGAAGAGAAACGAAAGAGGACUAUCCAGCUAAAAGCCCUGUCCAAAUACCCCUACCUGCAGGUGAGUGUGGUAGGAGAAGAGAAUGAAGGUGUACAGCCUGGGAAGUUUCAGGAUGUGUUGUGCUUUGGAUCAGUGCCAGUGGGGACAACUGUGGAGAAGUGUGUAGAAAUCUUCAACAUGUCUGUGGUUGAUGCACCAUGUAGGAUAGAAAGAUCAGAAGAUCCUUUGCUUCAAGAUCAUGUUUUCUCCUGUGAUGUAUCCCAUGGCAUUGUCCCUGCCAAAGGGAAGCUGGUCUUGUGCAUACGAUUUCAGCCUCAGAUAGUAGGAGAGCACAGUACUGACUAUUUCACUAUCAUAUCUGCUGGGUACCUCCUGCAGACUGUCCUGAAGGUGGCUGGCUCAUGUAAAGGUCCUUCAGUGUCCCUGCAUCAAGGUUCAUUGGACUUCGACUGGAUCAAUCUUGGAGAAAGUUUGAUGCGGACGCUGGAAAUCAGCAACACCUCAGAUGUCCCAGCCUAUUACCAAUUUGAUAUUGGUGUCACAGGGAGCAUCUUCUCCUUGGAUCGCCCCUGUGGAGUCUUGGAGGGCACAACAACACUAGUGUUGAAGGUGACCUUUCGACCCACUCACCCCAUCAGCUAUCACCGCAGAGUGGUGUGCCUUGUCCACCAUCAGGAACCCUUGUAUGUGGACUUUUUUGGUACCUGCCAUUCAGACACAACUACACCAGCAAUCCUUCAGGCAAGACACCUCUCCUGGUACCGAACCAACAUGGUGAGGGGACUGACCUUCUACCCUCCUGAUAUCAUGAGUGCGAUGCUGAAGGAUGGGCAGUUGCAGAUGGAUGAAAAGGGAGCCCUCAUGCUGCUCCCUGAGAUCUCUCAGGACAAGCCUCCAAAGGAAUACUUUGAAAUCGACUCUAUGACUGAAUAUUUCUAUGAUGGUGAAAGCAGCGACAUGGCCUUGUUUCCCCCUCAUGUUAGUGUCAGCCCCAGGGAGUAUGAUUUUGGUUGCUGCCUGCCGCUUCACAAGGUAAAACCGCUUCCUCUCUGUGUGACCAACAACACCAAAGGAAGUAUCACUGUUGCCUGGACUCUAAGCCAUGGCAGUGCCUUCCGAGUGAGCCCUGAAAUGUGCGACAUCCCGCCUUUGAAGUCUUCAGCCUUUUGUGUCAUUUUCAAUCCCACUCAGCUCAACACUCUCUAUGCCGCAGAGCUGGAAGGUUUUGCCUUCUACAAGGUGCUGAGACACUACAACAACAUCGAGGAGGAUGCCACCAUCUGUCCAUCCUGGUGCCUGACUGUCAAGCUGAGAGCACACACGUUUGAAGAAGGACGGGAGCACUUCAUCCCACAGUACAUCCUGGAUGUCCCCAAGACUUUUCCUCCUGUGGCUCCUAACAGACAUACCUACUGCAGCAUGCUGCUCUUGAACACUGGUACCUCUCUGAUAACUUUCAGUGUGAACCAAGCUGCCUGUCCCUCUCUUUUGGUCAAGCCCUGCUCAGGACACAUCAUUCCAGGAGGCCACCAGAUUUUCUUUCUCUCCACCCACCCAGUUAACACAGUUUCACAGAGGCAUGUCCUACCUUUGCAGCUGAACUCUCACCCUGGAUACACCAAGGAAAUUGCUCUCCAGAGUUGUGGUGAGUCCCUUAAUUUGCUCUUAGAAGGUGAAGGAAAUCUAUACUUCAAACCUGUCUAUAUAGGGACCUCUUUUACACGAAUGUAUACCAUAAAAAACUGCACAAGGCUACCCAUGGUUUUCACAUGGAAGAUCCAUCAGUCUGACAUCAAGAUCCUGUCUGUUAGUCCCUCUGCAGGGAUCCUCCAGCCCUAUGAAGCCAUGGCUCAGGCAUGGACUUUUACUCCUGACAAGGAGACCAAGUAUCUGCUGCGAGCCAAGGUGUUUGUGAGGAGAAAAAACACAGACCCUGUGCGUCCUGAAACUGUUUGUUAUGCCUUACGGAUUGUUGGAGAGGGGGCACUGGGCACCAUCAGGGCAGAAAAGGAGCACCUGGACCUUGGAAAUGUUCUGGUUGGUGACCUGAAAAGCUGCACCAUUGUGUUGCUAAAUGAUGGGAUCUGUUCUUUGAAGUACAUCCUCAGUGUGGAACAACUGAUCACUGAGCCUUCUGACCCUGAGGAGGUCUGCCGUGAUCCACUAGCUCUAGAGCUGGAACACUCCAGAGGGACUAUCCCUGCAAGGUCAAGAGCUUUUGUCCGAGUAACAGUCAGGCUAGCCCAUCAGCUGCAUUACACCUGGUCAAUCAAAUAUGCUCUUUGCACCCCUACAGCUACAGGUCUUAGAAGCACAGAAGAGGAGCAGCAGCCCCUCUGCUCCAUCGUAGCAACAGGUGUCUACCCAACUUUCUGCAUCACAGUUGCAGGGAGUGGCAGUGGUAUCAGCAAGUUGCACCUCUGGAGGCUCUUUUCCUUGGACAUGCUGAAUAAAUACUUGAAGCAAGACCCAACUCCCAGUGAGCUCAUCUACAGAGUUCCCACUAGGCACAG